CCUUCUCAUUGAGCAACAUGAAUGAAUAUUUAGAUAAUGCCAGGCGCAACAUUCAACGGGCGAUGGAGAGCAGCUUCAACUUCCUCUCGGGGGCGAGCAGCAUGGCCGGCAAUCUUGCCGCGAAUACCGGCAGCACCUUAUAUAGCAGAUUGAUGAUUCUGAAGGCACAGGUAAUGGCCGAGAGCAGUGGGCCAACGGAAUCCACUUCGAAAGCGGACAGCUCGCAGAAGCAGCAGCGAAUGCACCUUGUCAGCGUCGUCUGUGGCUUCCCCAAGGAUAUCAACAUGUAUCCGAUUUAUUUGGAUGGGCAGUUUGGCGAGGAUGCCUGGUUUAAGGCAUCCACAACAAAGGCAUACGCACUGGGCGUGGCCGAUGGCGUUGGCGGCUGGCGCGCAUACGGCAUCGAUCCCGGUCGCUUUAGCCGCUUUCUGAUGCGCUCCUGUGAGCGACUCUCGCAUGCCGCCGACUUCAAGGCAUCGCAGCCUAAGCAGCUGCUGGCGCGCGCCUUCUGCAAUCUACUGGAGCAAAAGCAGCCGAUCCUUGGCAGCAGCACCGCCUGUGUCCUGACCCUGCAUCGUGAGAGCGGCAUCCUGCAUGCGGCCAACAUUGGCGACAGUGGGUUUCUGGUCAUUCGGCAUGGCACCAUCGUCUGCUGUUCCAUGGAGCAACAGCAUCAUUUUAAUACACCAUACCAGCUGGCUGCUCCACCACCGGGGCAGAACGUUAAUAUGCUCACAGAUGGGCCGGAUUGCGCCGAUCUGCUGGAGCUUGAAAUGCAAUCCGGUGAUAUACUCAUACUGGCCACCGAUGGCGUCUACGAUAAUGUAUCUAAGGAGCUGCUGCUACAGGUGCUGAGUCCAGCGGCCGGCAUCGAUAAUCCCGUCCAGCUGCAGAGAUACGCAAAUUCAGUGGCAUUGAUAGCUCGCUUGCUCAGCUUAAAUCCCAACUACGAUUCACCAUUUAGCCUAAAUGCUAGACGGCAUAACAUCGAGGCACAUGGCGGCAAGCCCGACGACAUCACUGUCAUCUUGUCGAGCUUUAUUCAAUAGAUACAGCUAUCCAGCAAUUCACACAUCCAACAUCAUUAUCAGUCCCACCACCUACGCAAUCACUGGCAGCUGUGCACAUCUCUUGCAGGCAAUUGCCAGUUCAUGCUGCCGGGCGAGACAAGUCGACAAUUUAAGCAGCCCUUGACCUCAUCACACACUAUCAGUAUCAAUCACAUAAAAUAGAAAGAGUCCUACUUCAUAUCAGUGAUAAAUAUUUAAGUCGAUACAUUUUAAAAACGUCGAACUGCAAAAUUAAGUCAAGUGUUUUACUCAUCUAGACAAUAAAUAAGAUUUACUUACACCGUUU